AUGUAUGUUGAAUUAGUGUUUGAUGUUGUUCAUUAUUUAUCCAAGGCAUUACUUCCUACUCGAUAUAUUUUCAUUAUAUGGCUUGACCAGUGGUACUUGAAAUGUCAACAGACUAAGAGAACUAAGAAGGUUGGUAUCACCGGUAAGUUUGGUGUCAGAUAUGGUUCUUCCUUGAGAAGACAAACCAAGAAGAUGGAAGUCCAACAACACGCCAAGUACGACUGUUCAUUCUGUGGUAAGAGAACUGUCCAAAGAGGUGCUGCUGGUAUCUGGUCUUGUAAGUCUUGUAAGAAGACUGUUGCUGGUGGUGCUUACACUGUUUCCACUGCUGCUGCUGCCACCGUCAGAUCUACCAUCAGACGUUUGAGAGAUAUGGCUGAAGCUUAA